UGUGUUUUGAUUUUUCUGCCAGCAAGUCCCGUUUUUCAUAAUUUUUCCAUCUUCAAACCAAUAGAGGUGUCGUCAGUCGCUUCCUUUAAGUUGGAUUUUCAAUCAUUACGCAGCAAAGUUACCAUGAAAAUAUGUCGUUCCUGGUGAGAAGUGGCUUUCUGGUGUUGGUCCUGCUUCAUACACUACCAGUAGGAAUUGUUGGUCUGCGGAAAUACACCAAACAGGACAUGUACCGACUGAGAGAGGAAGUGCGGGCCAUGUUCCAGCAUGCUUACGAUGGGUAUCUGAAAUAUGCCAGCAAAUACGAUGAACUGAGGCCACUGUCGUGUGACGGAGUAGACACAUGGGGCAGUUACUCGUUGACACUGAUCGAUGCCCUGGACACGCUGGCCGUGAUGGGUAACUAUUCCGAGUUCCGGCGAGUCGUUCGAUUGUUGGAGCAAAAAUCGUUCGACAGCGACAUCAACGUGUCGGUUUUUGAAACCAACAUUCGAAUCGUUGGUGGACUGUUGAGUGCUCACUUGCUGAGCCACAAGGCUGGAGUGGAGGUGGAAUCUGGAUGGCCAUGUGAUGGGCCAUUGCUAAGGUUAGCUGCGGAUGUCGCUAGAAGGUUGCUUCCGGCCUUCGAUACCAGAACUGGAAUGCCUUAUGGUACCGUGAACUUAAAAUAUGGAGUGCCCUAUGGUGAAACAAGCGUGACUUGUACUGCUGGAAUCGGAACGUUCAUUGUGGAAUUUGGUGCGUUGAGUCGGUUGACUGGAGAUCCGAUAUUUGAAGAAGUGGCAUUGAAUGCACUGUAUGCCCUAUACAAUCAUAGAUCAUCGAUAGGUUUAUUUGGGAACCAUAUUGAUGUGCAAACAGGCAGAUGGACAGCCCAGGAUGCAGGAAUCGGAGCUGGGGUUGAUUCAUACUAUGAAUACCUAGUAAAGGCAGCAAUUAUGCUUAACAAACCGGACCUUAUGCACAUGUUCAACGAAGGUCGAAAAGCUAUUGAUAAAUAUCUUAAAAGAGACGACUGGCACGUUUGGGUCAGCAUGAACAAAGGUCAGGUGACGUUGCCAGUCUUCCAAUCACUUGAAGCCUACUGGCCUGGAGUAUUGAGCUUGUUUGGAGAUACUAGUGCAGCUAUGAAAACUCUGCACAACUACCACACGGUUUGGAAACAGUACGGAUUUCUUCCGGAAUUUUACAAUAUACCAAAUGCUGAAGCCGGUGCAAACAGAGAAAAUUAUCCUCUCAGGCCAGAAUUGAUAGAAUCGGUCAUGUACCUGUAUCGUGCAACGGGUGAUCCGUAUCUCCUUGAGGUUGGUGAGGACAUCCUUCGAAGUAUUGAAUACAGUGCUAAAACGCCUUGUGGCUAUGCAACAAUCAAAAACGUUCGUGAUCAUCACAAAGAAGAUCGGAUGGAAUCAUUUUUCCUGGCUGAAACUACCAAAUAUUUGUAUCUUUUGUUCGAUCCUGAUAAUUUCAUUCACAAUGAUGGUCGUAUAGGAACAAUCAUUGAUACGCCUCAUGGAGAAUGUAUUGUCGAUGCUGGGGGCUAUAUUUUCAACACCGAAGCCCAUCCAAUCGAUCCUUCGAUGCUCCGUUGUUGCCACGAUCUUCCAACACAGAACCUCUUUGAAGGAUACAGCAAUGAAAAGUUCGCUGGUGUUCCAUUACAUUUAACACGUACUAAAGAUGAGCCUGUAGAAAAACUUUCGGAAGAUAAACGGUCGCUGGAUAACAUAUCCGUUGUAGAGACCCAAAUAGACGAAGCAAUUCCAGCAGCAGUCCUCGAAGAACUUGGUUCUCAGCUAUCCAAAGCUCGGCAAGCUCUCAACGAGCGCCGUCAACGCGAAGAAGCAUUCCAAAAAGCGCAAGAAUCGCUUAAAACCCAACAGAACAAAUCGACCCCGGAAGGACCAUCUGACGAUAGUCUUAUUGUUCCGGUUGACAAACUAAAUAAACCCGAAAACACUCCAAAUCCUUCGCCCACACAAUCUGUGGACGAUCCGGAGAGGAUGACCACCAUUAAACUAACUUCUUCAGCGCGAGACCCGGACGACAAAAGUUCCACCUCCCAGCUUAAGCUGAACGAUAGUCAAAAACAACUUCUGUCGGAUGUGACUACUGGAGAAAUCGAAGUUCCUCCGCAACAGCAACAGAUCGAAUCCGAUGAAAGUGCGGAUGAUGAUGACUCAAAUCCGGCCAAAAAGUUUUUCUCCGAGAACAGUUCCACCGGUGAAGUGAUUCCUCCAGCCGUCAAUAAUCAACAAUCGGCUGGAGUAAACAAUUCGAUAACCGAAUUUGUUCAAAACAUGUUCAAAGCCAAAGUCUACCAGAAAGCCAAAUUCGAUCCGAAUGCGUUGCUCAGCAAGAUUCGCCAAAGCGGACACUACCGCAACGGGUCCUGGGCCGACAAGUAUGAACUGCUGAGCUGCAAGGCGCAACCGUUCCUGCAACGGAUCACAUUGUUGGGAGAGUUUUAUUGAGAGCCAGAGGGAUGCGAUUCUGAGGAUCUGAUUGACUGAUUAGACUACUUAAUAAAAAGUGACUUGGAACGUUUGGUACGGUUAAGAUCUAA